CACAAAAGCCACAAACGACGAUUGGGAGCAGGCACACUUUAUGAACCACCGAUUCAACAAUUUCCGGGGAACCCACAAUCAGAACCAAAACCCUACUCAUUAUCACCCGGGAAUUCGGAAUCACGAGAACUUCUCCUAUGCCAAUCCGAAGAAUGCUCUACAACCACCUCCCGAUCUCAACCAUCAAAGAGAGCAACGAGGGCCAACGUACGACGAGCGUCUUCACCGACAAGAACAUGAAAUGGAGGGCCUGAAAUCAACAAUGAAGAACAUGGAAAAGCAAAUAGGGCAAAUCGCCCAAUCCAUGUCCACAAUGGCCAAGGGUGGAUUUCCGAGCAAUACCGAAGUCAAUCCAAAGGAAAGCUGUCAAGCCAUAACCACCCGAAGUGGUUUGCAAAUGACUGAUCCUCCUUAUCCGACAGACGAAUCACCAAGGCCAGCUGUACAACCGACCCCGAUCGAGCCGGAAAUCACCAUUUCAGGAAGUAGUACAAAAGAGGCUAGUAAGCCCAAUAACAUUUCUUUUCCUGAUAAUCCCCCUCUUAUGGUAACUCCUAUUCCUUUUCCAGAAAGACAGAAGAAGAAGAAGUUCAAGGAUCAAUUGAAGAAGUUCAUUGAAAAGAUCAAGCAGAUUCGAAUCAACAUCCCUUUUGCAGAAGCCUUGGAGGUAAUGCCAAACUACACCAAGUUCAUGAAGGAAGUCCUAUCCAAGAAAAUUCGGAUCGAAUAAGACAUACCAGUGACACUCACGGCAACGUGCAGUGCCAUUCUUCAGUCGAAUCUACCACCGAAAAUGAAAGAUCCAGGGAGUUACACUAUUCCUUGUAUUAUUGGCAAUUCUACUUUCGAUAAAGCUUUAUGUGAUUUGGGGGCAAGUAUUAAUUUGAUGCCUAUGUCUGUGUUUCUAAAACUGGGCUUAGGAAAUUUGAACCGCACUCGCAUGACUUUACAGCUAGCUGAUCGUUCAUUGAAAUAUCCCGAUGGGAUUGUAGAAGAUGUGCUAGUUAAAGUAGAUAAAUUCAUUUUGCCUGUUGAUUUUGUGGUACUUGAAAUGCCUGAAGAUGAUGAAGCACCAAUCAUUUUAGGUCGUCCAUUCUUAGCCACUGGUAAGGCGAUGAUUGAUAUGGAAUUAGGAUCUUUAAUGCUUAGGGUAAAUGGG